CUGUAUUUACCACAGAGCAUUAUCAUGGCGUGUCAUGUGAUGUCUGUUUAUCUUUUGGUGGCAAUCGUUGUUGUCUUUGUCAGCUCCACGGUGGCUUUUGGAAAACCGAAACGACGCAUUUUUGAAAACUGUCCAAGAAAUACCAUCCUCGCCAGUGUUUCAUUUGAUCCCGCCGUAGGAAAGUUUCUGUACACGUGUAGGAAGGCGCCUGCGCCUAUUGGUGAAUGCGUACUUUUAGAGGAAACAAGUCUAACAAAAUCACUGAGGUGUCCUCCCAACUUUGUGCUGAUGGGCAGUGAGCGACUAAUCUGCUGUGAACUGAAAGGUAUUGCUACGACGGAUUGCUUUAGACCAAAGACAUUGUACUCGUUCAAACUUGGGUUUGUUAUUCCGAUCCCUAAAGGCUUCGAAGCGGUCGCCAGAUUGAGCUAUGGAUCGUGCAGAGCAGAUCCAACCGUGUUCCAGGUCGAGAUUUGCAAAUUAACACAAAGAAUGACCUAUAACUCUUACCAUCUAAUUUAGGUAAACAUUCAUCAACAUAUCUAUGGCGAAUUACAUUGGUACCUGUGUGGCAUCGAUCAACUGUGAAUGUGUGGGCUAUUACAUUGGUGAAUAGACUUGCAUGGUGUUGAUCCAUAUAGCCCUUAAAUUUCAAUGCUGGUUAGUCACUAUCGUGAUGGAAUGCUGUUGUGUAAGAUCAUGUCCUAUCGGGUAACGUACAAUAAAUGUGAUUUUGCAAUAA